AUGCGAUUCUCAUCACUUUUAUUCCUGCUAGGCCUCGUAUCAAGCCACGUCGCGCGUGGAUACAAGUACUCCGGAGAGGGUAAGACGGAGAAGGUCAGUUACUUUUACUCAGCACUUGCUCUUGUGCAAUUUGACCAAUAUUUGUGAACCAAUCAAAAACGUCGACUUGCAGACGGAGGCCUACUUCUUCCCGUCGUUUGGCGCCAUCACCUACAUCGACUUUGACCAGUUCCUCCGGAUGGAAAUGGCUCGUGAGAGCAUCAAAGCUCGCCGUCGCCAGCAACUCGCAAAACUGCCCCCUGCAAUGAAACGAUCCAUCGCCAUCGGACGCUUACAGUUUAGACCAGGAAAACGGUCCCUCGGACUGAAGAGCAUACCCCAGGGCCCCGAUCUCCGCUCCGUUACUCUGAAGCUCUGA